UCUUCUCCAUUGAUACGAACACACGUGCGGCAAAAAUUGUUUGUUGAUUGAAAUUUUAAAGGAAAUAAACUACAUAAAAUGGGCAAAAAGGACAAGAACAAGAAGAAGGGCAAGGGAGCCGAGAAGACUGCCAUGAAGACGGAUAAGAAGCUGGCCGCGAAACAAAAGAAAAUGUUGGAGAAACUUGGAGAAGCAAAUAUUGCUGACAUUAUUCAUAUGCUGGAGGCCAAGGAGGGAAAGGUUUCCGCCAUAACUGAGAAUGUUUGCCCGCCUCCAACACCUCGAUCCAACUUCACCUUAGUUGCCCAUCCGGAAAAGGAGGAACUUAUCUUGUUUGGCGGAGAACUAUACACCGGCUCCAAAACUACAUUGUACAAUGAUCUGUAUUUCUACAAUAUUAAGUCAGGCGAGUGGAGGGAACUAAAGUCGCCGUCCGGACCCACUCCAAGAAGUGGACACCAAAUGGUGGCAGUAGCCAGCAAUGGGGGAGAACUUUGGCUCUUUGGAGGAGAGCAUGCUAGUCCCUCCCAACUACAGUUCCAUCAUUACAAGGACCUAUGGAAACUUUCCCUCAAAUCCCGAAAGUGGGAAAAGAUAACGGCACCAAAUGGACCCAGCGCCCGCAGUGGUCAUCGAAUGACCGUCUCGAAGAAGCGUCUCUUCAUCUUUGGCGGCUUCCUCGAUAACAACCAGUCGUACAAUUAUUUCAACGAUAUCCACAUCUUCUCCUUGGAGACCUAUCAGUGGCUCAAGGUAGAGAUUGGUGGCGUUGUUGUUCCACCUGCACGAUCCGGAUGCUGUAUUGCUGCUGCUCCGGAUGGAAAAAUCUUUAUCUGGGGAGGAUACUCCCGAGCUUCCAUGAAGAAGGAGGUGGACCGUGGUGUAACUCAUACGGAUAUGUUUGUUUUGAGCCAAGAUAAGAACUCCGGCGAUGCGGAUAAUAAAUAUAAAUGGGCUGCCGUAAAACCCGGAGGAUACCGUCCUAAGCCUCGCAGCAGUGUAGGCUUCACCGUGGGAGCCAACGGAAAGGCAUAUUGCUUCGGAGGAGUUAUGGAUGUCAACGAGGAUGAUGAGAAUGUCCAGGGCCAGUUUGGCGAUGAGCUAUUGGCCUUUGACUUGACGUCUCAAGCAUGGCGUUUACAGGAAAUCCCGACCAAAAACAGUCCGUCCGAGAAAAAGAAUAAUACUGAAGCCAUCAAUGACGUGGAAAUGUCGGCAGAAGCCAAACCAGUAACAACCACGUCUGAUGGAAUUUUCACUGUGACCGUGGGUGGCCCAACCUCCAGUGCCAGUGCGCCUUACGUAUCCAAUAUACCUAGUCUUUUCCCGAAAUCCAAGCCCACAAACGUUCCCUCUGCCAGAAUGAACCCAGGUCUCUGCAUCUGCAAGGGAGUGCUCUAUCUCUUUGGUGGAAUCUUCGAAGAAGAUGAUAAGCAAUUGACCUACAACGAUUUUUACUCUCUGGACUUGCACAAGCUGGAAUGGAAGGUGAUAAUUCCCAAUAGCCUGAAGGCCCACGAGUGGGAGGAUAGCGAUACCAGCAGUUCCAACGAGGAGGCCAGCAGCUCAGACGAGGACGACUCCGAGGACUCGGAUAUGGACACUGAUUGAUCUGAUUUUGAGUUAUUUUAAAUGACUUUAUAUUUUAAAUUUGGUUAACAUACAUAUAUACAAAAUGGAAUUUUAUCAAAA